UGGCAGCACCUGAAAUACGCGUACCUCAGCUUGAUAUGUAGAUUAUAGAAUUUGAAAGCUUUCAUGUAAACUUUUUAUAAUUUAUGAAAAAUUAACAAAUGAAAUGAAAAUUAAAACGUCCUUAUUAUUUGAAAUACAGGGUGAUCUAGGAUUAACAGAUGUUUAUUAAACCUAUAACCAAAUGAUGAAUUAUUUAAAUAAUUCGAUAGGUGGUGCAGUGACUGGUGAUUCUGGUUUACAAUUGAACAAUGUAGAAAUAUUAUAUACUAAAGUGCAAAGAGUUUAUAUGAAGCCACAAAAUAAAGAAGAACGUCAACGUGAACUGAGGGUUAAUGUGGAAUGCCAUGCGGGUAUUAGUCCUGUAUGUCGCAAGAGUUUAUGUGUUUUAUUAGCAGAUGACGAUGAUCCUUGUUUCCUUUAUUCCUUAUUCAUCACAGAAGAUGAUUUCAAAAUUUUGAAAUCUCAACAAGGAUUAUUAGUAGAUUUUGAUAAUUUUGCGACUCAACUAAUAUAUUUAUUAGAGCAAUGUCAAAUACCUGCUACAAAUCUAUCAAAAUCACCACCAAAGUUUUUGUUGUUAUUAGCAGAAGAAGGUGGAGAAUGGAUGUUAAAAUUGGUUGAAACAAAUAAUUUUAAACAUUUAUGUCAUUUGAGCCUAAAUAUAUCACCUGCAAGUGAUUCAGAUUUGAAAACGCACAUGGCCAUGAAAAUUAAACAGUUGAAAGAAAAUAUUUUACAACAAAAUAGAGAUGCACUUGCACUUGAAACAAGAUUGAAUGACUUAUUAAAUAAAGUAGAAACAAAAACUAGGGAAUUGGACCAAUUGGAACAAAAGUAUGUAACAGAAAAAAAUCAAAUGCAAAUACUUUCAUCGGAACAAAUAGGCCUUGAAAAAGAUAAGUUUGCCAAAGCACAGUUAGAGUGGCAGUGUCAAGGUGAAAAACAAAAAAUAGAAAUAGAACGUAGGCAUACAGAAAUAAUAAAACAGCUUCAUACUGAACUGGCAGAAUUACGUACACAAAAUUCAACGUACAAAGAUAAGUUAUCUCUUCUUGAAGCAACUAAUGUGGAACAACUUAAACAGCUGCAAAAUCUUGAAAAAGACCUUAAUAUUACUCAGAGAGAUUUGAAUCUACUGAAAAAACAAAAUUCUAAAUUAGAUACAGAUUAUCAUGACAAAGAUAAAACAGUAAAUAGUUUGAGAACAAAAGUUGCUGUACUUGAACAAGAAUUAAAAGAUAAAGGUAUACUUAUUACCAAACAUACCGAAAUGUUAAAAACUGCCAAAGAACAGAAACAGCACCUUGAAGAUCUUUUAACUGAAAAAGAAGGUCAGUUACAACGCAAACAAAAUUCUUUACGAAAUUUAAGUGAUGACUUGGUUAAGGCUAAUGAAAUAUUAACAAAAUUACAAAACGAACUUGCUUCCACAAAAUCUAAAUUAAAAUUAAGAACCAGUAUAGCACUUGAACAAGAAAGGUUAUUAGAUACUAAACAAAAAGAAGUUGGUCAAUUAGAAAACAAAAUGGAAAAUUUAGUGAAAGAAACAAAAGAUGCAAAAACAGAAAUUGAGAAUUUGAAAGAACAGCUCAAAAUUCAACAGAAUCAGUUAGAGGAGAAAGAAAAGAUAAUAAAGAAUAAUGAUAAUGUAAUAAGUUGGUUAAAUCGACGAUUAGCAGAUAGCCAAUCUCCACUACAAAAUGCUACUGUAACAGCACCAAUUACAGUACCAUCUUCGACUCAUUUAACAUUACCUCGAACGAAUAAAUUAGUUAGUAAUAAAUAUGAAACACGUACAUCUGCACCCAAUAUAGUACAAUCGAAUGCAUUAUCUGGAUUACCACUGAGAAAUCCCAUUGUACAAAAUCCAAAUAUUAAUCAAACCACACGUAUGACAGCACGAUCAAUGGGUGUUGGUAUUACUGAUAAUACAAUGGGCAUAUCAACGUUUAAUAAAAGUGGUCAAAUUUCGAGUACUAGUACACCUAUGGAACGUAUCAAUUCUUUGAACAAGUUAUCUGGAAAUAUCGCAGGUUCGUCUUUGGUACCAGUCGCUGUAGAAAAUAAUAAUUCAUCUGUACCACCAAAUGGUACAAAGAUAAAAAGUACAAGUGUUACACUACAGAGUGGAUUAAGAAGGGCAGGUUUAUCUGAUAAGCCAAUUUUACCAUCUGCAUAUUUUCCUAAAACAUUACAUUGAUUAAAUAUACAACAAAGACUAUCAGUAGUAAUUAUACAUCAAAGUUGUGAUGCCAUAUAAAAACAUAUCAGAAUAUAAUAUUAUGUAUAGUAUAAAUGGUUAUUAUUUCAAGUUUAAUGUUGGAAAACAGUACAAAAUAGUUAUGCAAAGCAAAUGAUGUUAAAACAUUUUGAAUUUUAUAUCUAAAGAUAUUGUUUUUAUAAAUUUAUAUGCAUGUAUUAUGAGGAAAUGAUAGACAUACUCAUUUCUUAUUAUUUUUCCUGUCUACGCGAUUUAAUUCGGUGUUUAUUGCUAAAAGAUAAUAAUGUAAUAAAAAUCAUAAGAAUCUAUAUUUUUGCAAGUACGUACUUUGCUUCUAUAUUCGCUAAAAAAAAAAAGUAAAUGUUGGGAAGCAUAAUCAUCUCAGAUAUGAUAACAAAUAAUAUAGAAUAUUAAUUACUAAUCAUCACAUGCACAUAAUAUUUUUUAAUAACACUAUGUCAAUUCAUCACUGUUUUUAUAUAGCUACUUUAUCGUGGAUUUCAAAUUUUAAAUCAACAAAAUGCUAUAUAAGGAUUCAAUUAACAUUUUGUCUCAAAAUUAAAUACUGCUUGUUAUUAUAGUCCAUAAAAUCAUAAUCUUAUUCUUUAAAUAGGUACCUGGGAAAGCUUUUAUCGUACAGAUUAAAGUGUGUAUAUAUCGUAGUUGUUACAAAUUUUUUAAGCUAUGUUAAUCUCUAGUAAACUGAAUAAAUGUAUUGAAUAAUUGGAAUGUCUUAUGAUAAAAUUAGAUUAGCAGGAUUUGUUAUAAAUUUACAUUUAGUAAAAUUCAUGUAAUAUUGUCUUAAAAUAAAUGUAUAUUUUUUAUAA